CGUGAAGCAUUUCUGUACAUCACAAACAUGAACAACUACUAAGAACACUCCUUCAUCCUCAUCCCCAUCCACUCUACCAUUCAGUUGGCAAACCUGUAACAAUGGGGAGGUUAGGAGGUGUGAUCAUCUGCCUUCUAAUUGUGAUCAUGGAUGUAGUUGCUGGUAUACUAGGGAUUGAAGCUGAGAUAGCUCAAAACAAGGGGAAGCACCUGAGAGUGUUCUUCUUUGAGUGCAAGGAGCCAGUCCAUCAGGCUUACGAGCUUGGACUCGCAGCAGCUGGGCUCCUGGCAUUUGCUCAUGCGAUUGCGAAUGUACUCGGUGGAUGUGUGUGUAUCUGCACCAGGGAGGAGUUUGAUAGGUCUUCUGCUAACAAGCAAAUGGCUUCAGCCACCCUGAUUCUGUCAUGGAUCGUUGUUAUAGUUGGAUUCACAAUGUUGAUCAUAGGGGCGAUGUCUAACUCCAAGUCAAGAGUUUCUUGUGGCUUUGCCCAUCGCCAUUUCCUUUCCAUUGGGGGGAUCUUGUGCUUCGUUCAUGGACUAUUUUGUGUGGCUUAUUAUGUUUCUGCUGACGCAACCAAGCGAGAGUAAGAAAAGUCAUGCAGGAACAACGGAUCUCGUUGGGGUCCAUCAUUGAUCGCCCACUAUUCUAGCUCGGAGAGAAACUGCGAGUAUAAUGAAAUACACUAUGUUUCCGGGUGUGUUUUGUUUCAACAUGUUGUUAUAAUUAUUAUUUUUAUGAAGCAAGAAGAUAGGCUAACUCAAAAAAAAGAAAAAAAAGAAAAGAAAAGAGAGGUACGAUUUAUUCAUCAGAUUUUCCGAGCAUCCUUUUGGACACUUCUGUAUGGAUACUUUAUGCUAUGAGUAUUUAUGGCACUCUUGGUUGGAGCA